CUCACACAACACGCGCACCCAGAGACCCGCACAUUGCGCGCAGCAGGGAUUGCCACACCGAGUUCAUAACUUCUUUUUUUCUUUCUUUCCUCCACGGGAUUGCGAAGAAGAAGACACAAAAACAACUAGAGGAAGAGUUCUGACAGCGAACUGUGGUUCGACCUUUGGACUUUCACUCCUAUUAUUCUCAUUAUUGGGACACCGGUGAGAGAGACGACGAGUUGCCCGAGUCUCUGCUGACAUUUGUUGAUUCUUGAGAAAGUGUGUCUCAGCUGGUGAGCUCACCUUUUCCCUCCCUACCACUUUAUGUCUACAAAGAUGGAGCAGCCCUUCUACCACGACGACUCCUUCAUGUCGGCGUACGGACAGUCGGACGCGGCCAUGCACGACUACAAGCUGCUCAAGCAGAAUAUGAAUUUGAACUUGACGGAGCCGUAUCGCAGCCUGAAAUCACAGCUCCAGCUGCGGGGCGACAUCGACCCGUACCAAGGGGGCCACCACCAGGACCUGGGGUCGCUGAAGCUCGCGUCGCCGGAGCUGGAGAGGCUCAUCAUCCAAAACAGCAACGGCGUGAUCACCACCCCGACCCCGGGCCAGUACUUCUACAACCGGGGCAUCACCGAUGAGCAGGAGGGCUUCGCCGACGGCUUCGUGAAAGCCCUGGACGAGUUGCACAAGAUGAACCAGAUGCCCCCUCCCAACGUGUCGAUCGGAGCCGGUGGAGUUACGACGUGUUCGGCGGUGGCCUCCAGCAUCUUCGGCUCCGCCCUGCAGCCGGAGCCUCCCAUCUACACGACGCUGAACGCCUUCUGCCCGAACACGAGCCUCUCUUCCGCGUCCAGCUACCCGACGGCCACCAUCAGCUACCUGCCGCCGCACCAGCAGAGCCACGCGCAGAGCGUCGGGACGCACGACACCCAGUCGUUCCACCACGCGCUGCCCGGCUCCGAGCUCCAUCAGCAACGGCUCGUCGCGCUGAAGGAGGAGCCACAGACGGUUCCCGACCUGCUCAGCAGCGACUGCUCGCCUCCGAUGUCCCCGAUCAACCUGGUGACUCAGGAGAGGAUCAAGGCGGAGCGCAAGAGGCUCAGGAACCGGCUGGCGGCGACCAAAUGCCGGCGGCGCAAGCUCGAGCGCAUCUCCAGGCUGGAGGAUAAGGUGAAAGGUCUGAAGAACGACAACAUGGGGCUCUCCAACACCGCGUCGGUGCUCCGGGAUCAGGUCGCGCAGCUCAAGCAGAAGGUCCUGACGCACGUGAGCAGCGGCUGUCAGCUGAUGCUCACGAGCAAGUUGGAGGCGUUUUAAAACAAACAGAGACUAUCUGCUGACUGAGUGAGAAGUAAUUAACACUGGAGUCGCGCUCUGCACGCGCAGCACCGGGAGACCGGGCUGGUGCGUCUGCAGCAGCGACAGCGGCACCGACGGGCUGUGUGCAGACAAGUCUUGAGGCUCUUGAGGGUGAACAGACUGAUGACAAAUGGUACUUCCGGAUGCUGGACAUCGUUCAAGGCACCAUUCGACCCCUGACACCGGGGCAGCGUCCAGACAGGAGCAGACACUGAGCAUGCGCCGCGUGCGCAGACAGACCCACGAGUCGGGGUUUACUAAUGGUAGAAAAGGUGGAAUGAUUAUUGUAUUUCUUUGUACUUUUUUUUUUUUUGGUUGCAAGUGAUAAUGUCAUGCAAUGCUGCAUUUAUUCAAAUGUGUAAAUUAUUUCUUGUGUGUGUCCGGUUGAUCCGGGCAAACCAAUGACGUCCAAUGUUUACACUGUCUCUUUUUUUAUUUGUGAUGAUGUGUAUUUAAGUAAAGUGUCUCCAAAUGAAACGGAAAAUGGUG